AUGCGGAGAGCAGCGGCAGUGGCGGGAACUGGUGGGCCGAUGCGGCCUUCUGGGAGGGGUUGGCCCUUGGGGCGGUGA